AUGGUGCGAAUAACUUCUCGGCGCAGCAUGAGGCGACUGUUGCCGCUCCUUUUUGCCUCACUAAUCUCAGCGCUUCUCUUGCUCCCCUCUCUAGCUAGCGCAGCAGACCCAGGUGUCAAAGUGUCCCGCUUUGCCCAUCUUCCCUCCAAAAUCAGCUAUUUCGAUGAUAGCACCGUUGCACUCUACCACGAUGCCACCGCAGGCAUCGUCUAUCGCUCCGAAGAUGAAGGCAAGACCUGGUCACCCGUCUCCGGCUCCUCCUCUGGCAAGGCAGCCAUGCUGGUGCCCCACCCAUACGACAAGAAGCAAGCCUUCAUUCUUUCACGCGAUACGAUGCAUUGGCGCUCCACAGAUCGCGGCAAGACAUGGCAAGAGUUCCUCACGCCCGAAUCUCCCGCCACACGCGCAGGGCCACCCAUGGAGUUCCAUGCAGACGAAAAGCACUGGGAUUGGAUCAUCUUUACUGGCAAAAAGUGUUCUAUGUGGACGCCAUGGGGAGGCAGGAUCUGUCACGACGAGGCGUACUACACCACCGACGCCUUCGCCACCAAUCCGCCCAAAUUGCUCGAAUUCGUCAUGCACUGCAAUUGGGCUAAAGCAACGCCCGAGAUGGAAACCAGUCCCGAUGCACUCAAGCGCAUCUUUUGCAUCGCUUGGGAGGACGCUCAAGAACAGAGACGGGCCACGAUACCCGGGGGGGCCAGCGGAUCAACGAGGCUCUUCCAAUCGGACGACUUCUUCAAGACCAAGAAGAUGGUCGAGCUCGACAUGGGUCGCAACGCGAGGCAGUUUGCCGGACUCGGACCCUCCAAGAGGUUCCUCGUGACAGCGUUGCGCGACUCGCAGGGUGGAUCAUCAAAAGCAGGCACCGAGAUGGCGCUUUUCGUCACAAGAGACGGCGUCAAAUGGGAAAAGGCCAAGUUCCCACACGGCUCAGAGCUCCGCGAGAAUGCAUACACGGUGGUCGACAGCACCUCGCACUCCAUCAUGGUCGACGUCGUUGACUCGGUCUACGACAACACGGGUAUCCUCUUCACCAGCGACAGCACAGGCACGCAAUUCGUGGAAUCGCUCCGCGGCACGCGCCGCACACCGCAAGGGUUGGUCGAUUUUGAGCACCUCGUCAAGAUCGACGGAGUCGGUAUCGCCAAUGUGCUGUCGGACGGCGAAGGAGAUGUGCGGUCCAUGAUCACUUUCGACGACGGCAGCAGUUGGCACACUCUUAAGCCGCCCACAGAGGACGACAAGGGCAAACGCAUCGACUGCGAUCCCGCCGACGUUAAGAAUUGCGCACUCCACCUCUGGUCUGUAUCGGGCAAGACCAAUGUCGGCAAGCUCUUCUCCUCGGUUGCACCUGGCUUUGUCAUGGGCGUCGGAACCAUCGGCAGAGGUUUGAAGGACUAUGACGAAUGCGACACCUUCCUCAGCACCGACGCUGGCCGUACGUGGAGAAUGGUCUCGCGCGAUGCACACAAGUACGAGUUUGGCGACCAAGGCUCCGUGCUCGUCAUUGUCGAUGACGAAGAUGUCACCGACCACGUUUCCUACUCGACCAACUUUGGCAAGUCCUGGAACAAGCUCAGCUUGGGCCUCAAGAUGAGGGCCAAAGUGCUCACCACGAUUCCAGACAGCACGUCGCUCAAGUUCCUCCUCGUCGGCAGUCAGACCAGGAAUCAGGCGGACGGCAAGGACCGCAAUGUCGCCAUCUUCCUCGAUUUUGCAGAGAUGAAGAAGAGCAAGUGCAAGGAGUCCGACAUGGAAAGGUGGUACGUGCAAGCUGCUCAGGAAGGAAGCUGUCUAAUGGGUCAUAAGCAAUGGUACAAGCGCAGAAAGCCAGAUGCCGACUGCUUCAUCCAGGACAAGUUCCACGACCCGGAGGGCAAAGAGGAUCCGUGUCCCUGCACCGAUGCCGACUACGAGUGCGACUUUGGCUUCAUCCGCGGCAGGCAGGGCGAUUGUGUGGCGACGGGCAACGAGCACAUCCCCGAAGGUGCUUGCGCCAAGCCUACUGAUACCUAUUUAGGCUCUUCCGGAUACCGCAAAGUGCCAGGUAACACGUGCGAUGCCGGCAAGGGCAUACGCAAGGACGAAAAGACGCAGAAAUCGUGCGGUGGCAAGAAUGUGCCGCAGGAAGGCAAGGUGUUGCACAAGUCCUUCACCUUCCCUUCGCUCGUGGUGGACAAGAUGUACUUUCCAGAGUCAUCGAGUGUGCUCGUUCAGCUCGCGGACGGCACCGUCUUCCAGUCGCUCAACGAUGGCUACUCCUGGAAACAGCUCGGCGGCGACGGCGCACCGUCAUCCGCAGAGGACAAGUUCCUCACCAUGGCGCUCCAUGCCUACGACCCCAAACGCGGAUACCUCAUCACCGCAGGUCAACGCGUCUACUACACCACCGACCAAGGCGCCAGCUGGAACUGGUUCUCGGCACCGCUCCCGGCGAACGGCUUGGGGAUCGGAAUUCUCGACUUUCACCCAGAUAAAUCGGAUUGGCUCAUCUGGACGGGUAGCCGCGACUGCAUCUCUUCCCCCGCCAAGCAAUGCCACGCCGAGGCUUGGUACUCGGACAGCAACGGCGCCAAGUGGGAAAGGAUCGAUUCGUACGUGCGCACAUGCUCCUGGGCGCGCGACAAGAAGCUCAAGAUGGAUGCGCGCACCAUCUUUUGCGAGAGCUAUCAGGUCAAGCAGGGCAACCAGCGCGACUUUACCGCCGCCAACAAGCUUCAGCUGAUCCGUGGCGAUGAUUUCUAUCGCAAACGCGCUCGCGUGUUUGAUGCCAUUGUCGGAUUCGCCGUCUUUGAGCAGUACCUGGUUGCGGCAGAGUACGUGAUGACCUCUUCGACCCCAAGUCUCAAGUUGCAGGUCUCGCUCAACGGUCGCGACUUUGCAGAGAUUCACUUCCCACCAGGCAUGGAGCUGGGUACGCGCGCCUACACGGUGCUCGACUCGGUCACCGACGCCAUCUUUUUGCAUUUCACCACGCACUCCGAGACUGGAUCAGAGUGGGGAACCCUGCUUAAGAGCAACUCGAACGGCACGUUUUACGCCCAGUCGCUCGACUUUGUCAACCGCAACGACAAGGGUUUCGUUGAUUUCGAAAAGAUGCUCGGAUUGGACGGCGUGGCGAUCGUCAACGUCGUCAGCAAUCCAGAUGACGCCUCGGUGUCGAGGCAGAAGGAUCUGGUCACACGCAUCACGCACAACGACGGUGGUCGAUGGAAGUCGCUGGUACCGCCCAGCCGUGACGUCUAUGGUCAGCCGUACGAAUGCAACAAGGUGGGUUGCGACUUGCAUCUGCACGGCUUCACCGAACGCGACGACCCGCGAGACACCUAUAGCAGCCCUUCCGCCGUGGGACUCAUGAUGGGUGUCGGCAAUGUCGGUCGCAAGCUCGCCCCCUAUCGCGACUCGGACACCUUCUUGACGCGAGACGGCGGAUUUACCUGGGAGGAAGUGCACAAAGACGCGCACAAGUGGGAGUUCGGAGACCAAGGCUCCAUCAUCGUGCUCGUCAACGACGAGCAGGCCACCGACACGGUGCUCUAUUCUCUCAACGAAGGCGUCACCUGGGAAUCAUACGCGUUCGGCGAAAAGAUGCGCAUCUCUCAGAUCCUCACCGUACCCGAAGACACGCAUCGACGCUUUAUUCUGCUUGGCACACCGUCCGGCUCAGCGGUCAAGAGCGCAGCCGUCUAUCUUGACUUUUCGGCUCUCGAAUCGCGAAAAUGCGUGCUCAACGUCGCCAAGCCGGAGAUGGACGAUUUCGAACUCUGGUCGCCCAGCGAGGAGCGCGCCGAGCAGUGCCUGUUUGGACGACAGACGUUCUACUACCGACGCAAGCGACGCGCCGACUGUUACGUCGGGGAGAAGAUCGUCCAACCCCACUCUGUUAGCCGCAACUGCUCCUGUACAGAGGCUGAUUUCGAGUGCGAGUUCAACCACUAUCGCGAUGCGAGUGGCAAGUGCGUACUGUAUCCGGGCGCAUUGCCCUUGUUUACGGACGUAGCGAGUCAGUGUUGGGCGGCGGAGAGCGAUGGAUACUGGUACGAGAGGAGCAACGUUCGCAAGAUCCCGUACUCGACGUGUUCGGGAGGAGCGAGACUGGAUCGAGGAGCCAGGCACGUCUGCAGCAACAACCUUGCCGGUCACGGAUUUCUCUGGUGGACCACGGUCAUCCUGUGUCCCUUUGGCCUGGCCGGACUGGUAGGGUAUUGGUGGGCGAAGAAGCAAUCGGGUCGAUCUGGAUUUGGAGGGACUGGACGGAUCCGAUUGCCGGACAGCUCGAAUCGGCUCUACGGUCCAGAUUCGGAACUAGUGCAGAACCUGGCUUCGGUGCCGAGGUUUGUGCUGGGCGCAGCUAGUGCCGCGUUGGCGAGGUUGCAGGAGAUUGCCUCGGAGAGGAUCCCUUUCAUGCGCAACAGGAUGAACCGGUCAAGAGGCGCCUAUGGUGGUUACAGGCAUCUGUCGACGGACGAAGAUGCUUCUAUGCUGCCCGAUUUCGAAGAGGAUGAACUGGAGCGUUGA